AUGCAUUCUCUGAAAACUCUGAGGACCGCCGGCCCGGGAGUGUUCCGGGGGUUUAAAAAUGCAGGAGCCCUGACAAGAGUCGGAGCUGCCAGGAGCGUUUUGUCCGGGACGCGGCAAGAUGUCUCUCUGCCCCGUCGGGUCACGGCAUCACCUCGCGCCCGCAGAACCCUUCAUAUCCAGCCCGGUCCUGGCGUGGAUCAAGAACGCGCAAAAAGUAGGCUGAUGUCCAGUAUGGAAGACCUACUUUUCUACGCUAUCACCGACGGCAAAGAGAUGAUCACCCUCUCACAGUUCAUAUCAGCUUUGAGGAAAACGGGCCUAUGGACUUCUGACCCUCGGCUGCGCGACUGCAUGCGUCAGAUUCGCCAAUUCACACUCGAGUCACAGGGGCCAGUCAUGAUGGACAAAGCGCUCUUCCGAAGGUGUGUAGGUAACAACAUCAUGCUGCUGACUAAGGCCUUCCGAAAAAUGUUCAUCAUCCCAGACUUUCACGUGUUCACUCAGAAGAUUGAUGAAAUAUACCACAGUGCACGACAGCAAGAUGGAGGACAAGUAGCGGAUUACAUUCCUCAACUUGCAAAGUUCAGCCCUGACCUUUGGGGCGCGUCUCUGUGCACCAUUGACGGACAAAGACACUCGGCGGGUGACACCAAGGUUCCCUUCUGUCUGCAGUCGUGCAUCAAGCCGCUGGAGUACGCCAUCGCUGUCCACGAGCUCGGCGGCGAGCACGUCCACCGAUUCGUGGGCAAGGAGCCCAGCGGAUUCAGGUUCAACAAACUGUCCCUGAAUGAGGAAGAUAAGCCCCACAACCCAAUGGUGAAUGCCGGGGCCAUCGUUAUCAGCUCUUUGAUAAAGCCUGACUCAAAUAAAGCUGAGCGGUUCGACUACGUAAUGGAGUUUUUGAAGCGUACGGCCGGAACCGAGUAUGUCGGCUUCAGCAAUGCAACGUUCCAAUCAGAGAGGGAGACAGGCGACAGGAAUUAUGCAAUUGGUUAUUACCUCAAGGAAAAAAAGUGCUUCCCUGAGAACGCUGACAUGACUGCUGCCCUUGACUUCUACUUCCAGCUGUGCUCCAUAGAGAUGACAUGUGAGUCGGGCAGCGUCAUGGCCGCCACGCUGGCCAACGGAGGGAUUUGUCCAAUCACCGGCGACCGUGUGCUGAGCACAGAGGCGGUUCGGAACACGCUGAGUCUCAUGCAUUCCUGCGGGAUGUACGACUUCUCCGGACAGUUCGCCUUCCAUGUGGGUUUGCCCGCCAAAUCUGGGGUUUCAGGUGCCGUGCUCCUGGUGGUGCCCAACGUCAUGGGCAUGAUGUGCUGGUCCCCUUCUCUGGACCGCCUCGGGAACAGCGUCCGUGGGAUUCACUUCUGCCAGGAGCUGGUGUCUCAUUUUAACUUCCACCAUUACGACAACCUUCGACACUUCACCAAGAAGCACGACCCCAGAAGAAGCUUAGAUGACGAGCCAAACAAGUCAGUCAUAAACUUGAUGUUUGCGGCCUACGGCGGCGACAUCUCUGCUCUCAGGAGGUUUGCGCUCUCAACUUUGGACAUGGAGCAGAGAGACUACGACUCUCGGACAGCGCUCCACAUCGCUGCCUCAGAAGGUCAUGUAGACGCUGUGAUCUUCCUGACUGAGGAAUGUAAAGUGAAUCCUUUUAUCAAGGACAGAUGGGGAAACACGCCACUGGAUGACGCCAGGCAGUUCGGCCAUCACGUCAUCGCCACCAUCCUGCAGCAGUACCAGCACGUGUACACCGACGGCGAGUCGUCGAGCCCCAAAGAGGAGCAGAAGAACCCCGUGGACUCACUAAAGAGCAUCAACUGAGGGAUCAGAAGAGGGUCACAAGUGAAGCACUCGAGAAUUACAAAAGGUCGUGGGGAGUGCUGGAGCCUCUCCCAGCCGCCAACGGGCAGGAGGCAGGGUACACCCUGAACUGGUUGCCAGCCAAUCGCAGGGCACAUUGAGACAGUCGUACUCACAAUCACACCUCGGGGCAAUUUAGAGUGUCCAAUUAAUCUUGCAUGUUUUUGAGAUGUGGGGGGAAACCGGAGUGCCCGGAGAAUACCCACGCAAGCACGGGGAGAACAUGCAAACUCCACACAGGCGGAGCCGGAAUCGAACCCAGGUCCUCAGAACUGUGAGGGCAAUGCUUUACCAGCUGCUCCACCGUGCUGCCGCUUUGACAUAGGCAUCGUAAAAAAAAAAACCCUAAUAUGUUGGGUGGGGGGUAUAGAACUAUGAUCAAAUGGAGGAGAGUGGUCUUUUGUAGUGCAAUUUUCCUAUACUGCCAUUUUUUUCACAUUGGAAUGAUUUUCAUCUUCGGUUUCUUAAUAAAGUGGUCUCAGAGGCAUUUUGGAAAUGUAAGUAUAGGCAGUUGUGUUUUUAAAUAUAUGAUAUACAUGUUUUCCAGGGCUAUUUUUAAAAAGGGUAUUUUAUUUUUAACUUUAAUCAAAGUGGGUCACAACCUGGCAACAUUAAGAACAUGCGGGUCCAGGGUGACAACGGUUGAGAACCAGCGAUUUAAAUUAUAUAUUACUAUAUGACAAUCAACUAUCUAAGUAUAUUAACAGAAACAAACAUAAUAAUGAACAUAACAUACAUCAGUAACUGACAAUAUCUCGGUUAUUGGAUGUAAGUAUAUUUUCCAUUCAAUUACGCAAUCAAUUAAUUGCGGAAGCAUUACUGAUAUGGUCAUUGAGCAUAUUCAUAUAUUAUUUGUAGUCAUAUAUGAAUAAUGAACACUCAUAUGUGUUUGGGGCAGUUUUACGCCAGAUGCCCUUCCUGAUCCAGCCCUCUGCAUUUAUCCGGGCUUGGGACUGGCCUACAGAUUGCACUAGCUUGUACUCCCCAUAGGGCUGCAGAUAGCCAAAUAAAGACAAUCAAAUAUACAAAGUCAACACACAAGAUACACAAUUCACAAACUAACAGGGCUAAGUUAAAGUAAGGGUCCGAAUACAUGUGAAGAUAGAUGGACGAACAAUUGUGAAUAUAAUUUCUCAUUCAUCUGCUUCCAAUUCAGUAACUGUUCCCGCCUGCAAUGAAGAAUGUUUUGCUUCUGCUUGCAAUGAAGAACGCUUUGCUCUGCUCCAAUUCAGUAACUGUUCCUGCCUGAAAUGAAGAAUGCUUUGCUUCUGCCUGCAAUGAAGAAUGCUUUGCUCUGCUCCAAUACAGUAACUGUUCCUGCCUGCAAUGAAGAAUGCUUUGCUUCUGCCUGCAACGAAGAAUGCUUUGCUCUGCUCUAGAUAACGUGGCAGCCGCCUAGCAGGAGAUAGCAAUAACUAAAACAUCUAAUCAUCAGAACUGUUAGAACCAGGAGCACCUGCUGCCUGUUAAAGAAAUGAUGACCACGCAUGUAUUCAGCAAUCUUCCACACACAAAUGAACAAACAAGUACACUUUGUUUCCAACUAUGUUUUGCUCGCCGUCUCCUUUUUGUACCAUCCAUGUAAAUAAGGACCAUCUCGAAACUAAAUAGAGGUGCUGAGGAGAGGAUAAUCAGAGUGCAGUGGUGAAUGUUACGAGACAGUUCCUCUCCUUGCGAGACUUGAACUGGCGUCUUUGCUUCCUUUUUGUCCAGUUUCAUGAAGGUCUAAUUGGUAAACCUGACAAUAGAAGGAAAAGAGAUGAAAGAGAUUCAAACCACAAUGUCCCUGCAGUGUUUCACACAGCCUGAUUGGAGAAAGUUGAAGUUGAGGGUUGUGUCCACGUGUCCAGCGUUCUCUAAGUUCUCACGGUCCUCGUUGUAGUCUUCCAACUUGUAGUCCAAUGUCGGCCUCGCUAGCGUUAGCUU